AUGGCAUACUCUAAACGGGCAGGGCCGCAACAAUCCAAGGCAGGCAACAAAGCCGCUCCCAAGCAAAAUAGAACAGUGGAGAGAACGGCUUCAGCUCAGACUGCAGCUUCCAACGCCAGCGAUGACGACUAUGCCGAUAACGACGUGCUUGAGAGCCAGGACGGCUCGGACGAUAGUAUCGGGGGAUUGGAGGAAGCCAGGCUGGCGCUGAAAGCCCUGCAGGCGGCGAUGGAACGAGCGGAGAAGAGGGAUGGGUUCGCGAAGAAAUUCGAAGCGGAAGUGCGCGAGGAUGAGAAGAGGCUCUUGGAGAUGCUGGAUGCGGAGCAGAAGAAAAUUCAAGCGGAAGAGGAGCAGUUCAAAUCUCGAUUUGAAUCCCUUUUCAGAUCUGCGCUGGCGCCGCCUUCCGUCAUGCCCAAGGACAUAGAAACGUCAGAGGAGAACCCCAGCAUGCAAAACGUUGGACUCGAGGAACAGCCUCUGUACCGCAUGACCAAGGAUACCCUCGAGCGGUCCCACAAGCUAUUAGAAAUGUUCAACAAGCUCAACGACCACGCAUCAAGCAUCAAGCCCCUGCCCGAUCUGUCAGAAAGAUGGGAAAAAGACCACGCCGAGGUGCAGCGGCUGAUCAAGGUCGGCAGCGAAGUGUCCGCGGAGGAGAUUGAGAGGCUGAUCAUGUAUGAAAAUCCCGAGAAUCCGCUGCGGAAUUCGAUUUCCCAGUGGCGCCGGAAGAGGAAGAGAGGGGUGGAGGAUGAUGAGAAUCUGAAGAAUAUGUUAGAUCUGGGAAAGGCGGGUGGUGAAGGAGGCAGUCGAGGUGGGGGGAGGCGUGGUUGGGGGUUGGUGGCGCAUCAGGUUCAGAAAGGGUUCGAGGCGCUGGUGAAGGCGUUGCCGGAAGAGGAGAUGCAGGAAGAAAGGGAAAGAUGUGCCGAAGCACAUCUACGCUUGCCAGAUGCCUGGUACGGCCGUUUUCCACACAACGUGCAACGAUUGCGAGAGUAUCGAAGCGACAACGACAACCAGGGACGACAACCCAAAUACGACAAGAUGGGUGCUCUUAAAUAUGUGGAAGAGCUUCAGCGCAAGAAGCAGUCCGAUGUGAUGCGCUUCUUGCUGCGCGUGCGAUGCUGGGAGCUCCGUCAACUCAAUGUUAUCCAUCGCGCUUCCCGCCCCUCUCGUCCCGACAAGGCCCGCCGCCUCGGAUACAAGGCCAAGCAGGGCUAUGUUAUCUACCGUGUUCGUGUGAGACGCGGUGGACGCAAGCGACCAGUCCCCAAGGGUGCCACCUACGGCAAACCCACCAACCACGGUGUUAACCAGCUCAAAUACCAGCGCUCCCUCAAAUCCACCGCAGAGGAACGUGUAGGCAAACGCUGCGCCAAUCUCCGUGUCCUCAACUCGUACUGGAUCAAUCAGGAUUCUACCUACAAGUACUACGAAGUCAUCCUUGUUGACCCCCAGCACAAGGCCAUCCGUCGCGAUCCCCGCAUCAACUGGAUCGUGAACCCUGUCCACAAGGUAAGUUUAAUUUUUGAUGCAUCUUCGAAACGCAAUACUUACUCUGAUACUUUUAGCACCGCGAAUGCCGUGGCCUCACCGCAACCGGCAAGAAAUCCCGUGGUCUCAACAAGGGCCACCGCUACAACAAGACCACCGCCGGCAGACGGAAGACCUGGAAGCGCCACAACACUCUCAGCCUCUGGAGAUACCGAUAAACGCGACGCCUUACGAUUGUUUUUCGUUGCGUCGGUGGAUUGGGGCUUUUGUGGGGGUCUUUGCCGGUCUUUUAACACACCAUCUUUGCCGCAAAAUACUGUUUCCUACAUCACAGGACUAUUUCUCUCUGCGGAUAUGAUAUGGAGACUAGAUGAAAUGAUUAGGAAUGAAAAUACAAUAAUCAUUGCUGAUGAUAAUAUGAUUCGUAUCAAAUACGUUUUUGAACAAUGCAAGGCUGUUGCAGACAACAAAAAGUAA